AUGCCUGCAAGAGCUGCGACCCCAACCGAUCUGCCGAAGCCAGCUUCUGUGACUCAGUCAAUUGGCGUCCGGCGCCCUACGAGUGACUCUGGCUCGUCCCUCAAAUUAUUGUCAGAGGUUGAAGCUCCUCCCGCCGUUAUUGCAUUAUCGCAUCGCGACCCCUGUCUAGCGGCAUAUCUCCACGCCCAACACGAGUUGUCAACCCCACAACUCUUGAACAUCAAACGAUGGACUAAUGAAACUCCAAUCCAGCCAUGA